AUGACCGCUCCCUGGCGGCGCCUCCGGAGUCUGGUUUGGGAAUACUGGGCCGGGCUCCUCGUGUGCGCCUUCUGGAUCCCGGACUCGCGCGGGAUGCCGCACGUCAUCCGGAUCGGAGGAAUCUUCGAGUAUUCAGAUGGCCCCAAUGCCCAGGUCAUGAAUGCUGAGGAGCAUGCCUUUCGAUUUUCUGCCAACAUCAUCAACAGGAACAGGACUCUGCUGCCCAACACAACCUUGACCUAUGACAUCCAGAGGAUUCACUUUCAUGAUAGCUUUGAGGCCACCAAGAAGGCCUGUGAUCAGCUGGCCCUGGGCGUGGUGGCGAUCUUCGGGCCAUCACAGGGCUCCUGCACCAACGCCGUCCAGUCCAUCUGCAAUGCUCUGGAAGUGCCCCACAUCCAGCUGCGCUGGAAACACCACCCGCUGGACAACAAGGACACCUUCUACGUGAACCUCUACCCUGACUACGCCUCCCUCAGCCACGCCAUCCUCGACCUGGUCCAGUACCUCAAGUGGCGAUCGGCCACCGUGGUCUAUGACGACAGUACAGGGCUCAUCCGCCUGCAGGAGCUCAUCAUGGCCCCGUCGAGGUACAAUAUCCGCCUGAAGAUCCGCCAGCUGCCCCUUGACUCGGACGACUCGCGUCCGCUACUCAAGGAGAUGAAGCGGGGCCGGGAAUUCCGCAUCAUCUUCGACUGCAGUCACACCAUGGCCGCCCAGAUCCUCAAGCAGGCCAUGGCCAUGGGCAUGAUGACCGAGUACUACCACUUCAUCUUCACCACUCUGGAUCUAUAUGCAUUAGACCUGGAGCCCUACCGCUACUCAGGGGUGAACCUGACGGGGUUCCGGAUCCUCAACGUGGACAACCCGCAUGUCUCAGCCAUCGUGGAGAAGUGGUCCAUGGAGCGGCUGCAGGCGGCUCCCCGGGCAGAGUCUGGCCUGCUGGACGGCGUGAUGAUGACUGACGCGGCCUUACUGUACGACGCCGUCCACAUCGUGUCCGUGUGCUACCAGCGGGCCCCGCAGAUGACCGUGAACUCCCUGCAGUGCCAUCGGCACAAGGCCUGGCGCUUUGGCGGCCGCUUCAUGAACUUCAUCAAGGAGGCUCAGUGGGAAGGAUUAACUGGACGGAUUGUUUUCAACAAAACCAGUGGCUUACGGACAGAUUUUGAUCUGGACAUCAUCAGCCUGAAGGAGGACGGCCUGGAGAAGGUGGGUGUGUGGAGUCCUGCAGAGGGGCUCAACAUCACGGAGGUCGCCAAAGGCCGAGGCCCUAAUGUCACAGACUCUCUGACAAACAGAUCGCUCAUCGUCACCACCGUGCUGGAGGAGCCCUUCGUCAUGUUCCGGAAGUCUGACAGGACCCUGUUCGGGAAUGACCGCUUCGAGGGCUACUGUAUCGACCUGCUCAAGGAGCUGGCCCAUAUCCUAGGCUUCUCCUACGAGAUCCGGCUGGUGGAAGAUGGCAAGUACGGGGCACAGGACGACAAGGGCCAGUGGAACGGCAUGAUCAAGGAGCUCAUCGACCAUAAGGCAGAUCUGGCUGUGGCCCCCCUGACCAUCACCCAUGUCCGCGAGAAAGCCAUCGACUUCUCCAAGCCCUUCAUGACCCUCGGUGUGAGCAUCUUGUAUCGAAAGCCCAAUGGCACCAACCCCAGUGUCUUCUCCUUCCUCAACCCCCUGUCCCCAGACAUCUGGAUGUACGUGCUCCUCGCCUAUCUGGGGGUCAGCUGUGUCCUCUUUGUCAUUGCCAGGUUCAGCCCUUACGAGUGGUACGAUGCUCACCCCUGCAAUCCCGGCUCCGAGGUGGUGGAAAACAACUUCACUCUGCUGAACAGCUUCUGGUUCGGGAUGGGGUCCUUGAUGCAGCAAGGGUCGGAACUGAUGCCCAAAGCCCUAUCAACCCGCAUCAUCGGGGGCAUCUGGUGGUUCUUCACACUCAUCAUCAUCUCGUCCUACACGGCCAACCUGGCUGCCUUUCUGACCGUGGAGCGCAUGGAAUCACCCAUCGACUCUGCUGAUGACCUGGCCAAGCAAACCAAAAUCGAGUAUGGGGCUGUGAAGGAUGGGGCCACCAUGACCUUCUUCAAGAAAUCCAAGAUCUCCACCUUUGAGAAGAUGUGGGCCUUCAUGAGCAGCAAGCCAUCGGCACUGGUGAAGAACAAUGAGGAGGGUAUCCAGAGGACCCUGACAGCCGACUACGCCCUGCUCAUGGAGUCCACGACCAUCGAGUACGUCACCCAGAGGAACUGCAACCUUACCCAGAUCGGGGGCCUCAUCGACUCCAAGGGCUACGGCAUUGGCACGCCCAUGGGCUCCCCGUACCGGGACAAGAUCACCAUCGCCAUCCUGCAGCUGCAGGAGGAAGACAAGCUGCACAUCAUGAAGGAGAAGUGGUGGAGAGGCAGUGGGUGUCCUGAGGAGGAGAACAAAGAGGCCAGUGCCCUGGGUAUCCAGAAGAUUGGAGGCAUCUUCAUCGUCCUGGCCGCCGGGCUGGUCCUAUCCGUGCUGGUGGCUGUGGGCGAGUUUGUGUACAAGCUCCGCAAAACAGCAGAGCGAGAGCAGCGUUCCUUCUGCAGCACCGUAGCCGAUGAGAUCCGUUUCUCCCUUACCUGCCAGCGUCGGGUCAAGCACAAGCCACAGCCUCCCAUGAUGGUCAAGACUGACGCUGUCAUCAACAUGCACACAUUCAAUGACCGCCGGCUUCCGGGCAAGGACAGCAUGGCCUGCAGCACAUCAUUGGCCCCCGUGUUCCCCUAGGCACAGGUGGGGUGGGGACCAAAGGCCUGGGAGCAGGGCAGAGGAAAGCAAGAAGAAGGGAAGGCACCUCCCCUGUGCCCACACUGUGCUUGGGGGCCAGAGCUGCUGCCUGCCUACUGGGCCAGGAGCCCUCUGCCUUUACCUCCUAGAAAACCAGCAGGCCCCUAGGCCAGCUGCUUGGGUCUCACUCGCCUCUCGUUUCUUCUGUGGGUUUCUAAAGCUGCCAGUCGAGACAGCCAAGGCCAAAGGAAGCACAUGCCUCUCUCAGGCCAAACUCACCUGCCCCUCAACUCUCCUCAACAGUCAGAAGUUUCUACCAUGGCCUUGCAGAGGCCAAAGAAAAUGGGAAACAGCUUACAUGUUGUCUCUCCCUCCCCCACAAGCCCAAGCCUCCUGGACCAUGGCCGUGAGACCAGAGACACAAACCUUGGGCACCUUAAGGAUUGUAGUGUGGCUGCCAGUGGAAGCUGAAGAUGGGGCAUGGCCACCCCACUUGUCUUGGGCAGAAGAAAGACUUCAUCCCUUAGGGGCUUCUCAUGUAGCCCUGGUCUCUUGGACUUGGCACCAUGUGUGGCAGCCUUCAUCUUGGCAAAAUCGUAGGCAGAGAGCCCCAUAGAAGAAAAGAGGAGUCUGGGGUAUGGGAGAGAGGAGAACGCCCAAAGGCCGCCAUUUUGAAUUCUUAUAGAUGAUGUCCCAGUGGCUCCCAUUCCUCAAGGAGGUCUUCAGGAGUAUAAAGUGGAGGAGUGGUCAGAGCAAAUUUUCUAUUUUCUGGACAGAGGAUAAAGACCCCCUGAAUCUGCCACAAAGGAUGACCAGAGAUUUGUCGAUAUUUGAAGCCAGAGGAAUAGUGGAUUCCAUGGAAAUCCUGUAGGCCCUUGAGCCAUUGGGUCUUAUUUUGCCAGUUACUGAGCUGUUUUCUAAACCCUAGUGGCAUUUGAGAGCUUGGGUUCUUUGCCAUCUACUCAUCAACAGCUCCCUAUUCCUGGCCAGUUGACCUUGACUUCCUUCUGUCACCUUGGAAGGAGAGGAAAAGCCAAGAUUGAAGUGAAAGUCAUCACCCCUCCUCAAAGAAGGAUCCAGGUCCUACUGCACAGGAUAAUUUGGGGGGUAGAUGGGGAAGGCCAGAGGGGCCCUAAAGAACUCUUGGCCUCCUGGACUUACCAAACCUGAAGACGUUCCCCAGAAAGGAAAAUUUUCAGGGACAGGAUAUCAGAGCUCAUAGAGGCCCCAAGGAUGGGGAAAGAAAAGCUGCCUCCUGGAGAAUUAACCAAAGACCCCACAUAGAGACACAGGCCAUCUAGGUCCCGAUUUCUUGUCCAGAGCAGCUUGGACCUAGUGGGGUUUGGGGGUACAGCAAAGAAAUAGUACCAGAUGAGGUACCAGUGAAGGCCAGACCAGAUAACCUGUGGGUUCUAGCUAGGUAGAAUGGAUGCUCUAGAAGUCUGUGACUAAGAUUCUGGAAAAAGAAUGAGACAUGGAAGGGUUAGGAGCAAAGUGUCCUUAAAGAGAAUACGACAGGACCAGCAGGGCUUCCCACAGCCAAGGGCAGAGGGCAGUCUUGGAGCAGCAGAGGGAAGGCCGAAGAUUCUGGACAGGGACCCAGAAGACACUUGUAUCCCCCUUCCACCUCUCUCCUGUUUCUGCCUGGGGAGUCUGGUUAGGGAAGAGCUACAUUUAGAUCUCAAGGACCUUCUCAGCUGGGGUGAAGGAUAAUCUCUAGCUCCCCCCCUUCCAGGGGCUCCCAAAGCAGGAGAGCGCAGUAGGCUCAUGUGAUAAAUACCAUUCCUCCUCCAAACUGUGAGCUGCAGGACCAAACCAGCUGGUUCCCAUGCUCCCAGCAGCGCCAGCAGGCUGUGUGCUGGGGAGGUGGGAAAAGAGAGCUGGACGCGCAGCCUCGCCAACACACUUAAUGACAGGAGAAGCCAUGUUGUCGUGAGCUUGUGUGUGGGAGUGCGUGUGGAUGCACAUAUGUGUAUCUGUGUGUGUGUGAGCUCUGGGGAGCUGGGGGUCAGGAACAGAUUUGGACAUGAAAGAGAGUCCAAGACAUGCAAUAAUAGAAGCCUUUGGAUUCUGAGGUGUGUGCACACACGUGUGUGAAUCUGGGAUGAGGGAGACAAAUCUGGACAAGCAGCAGAGCCCCACACACAGGAAAACAGGAGAAGCCAUGUCUUACUAGGGUCCUGGGGAGUAUACACAUGUAUACACCCAUGAACGAGUGUGUAUGUUUAUGUGUGCAUGCGUGUGUGUGUGCAUG